AUGCGCCUCAACUACCCUGUCGUCUUUCCCCUCAACCAGCUCUCUUUCGUCGGUGAAGACGACUCUCAGUUCUUCUGUCAGAUCCAUGGCAGACGUUUCAAUGUCCUCAAUGACCGGUAUAUGCUACCCUCCGACGAGGAGGAAGUCAGGCGCUCUGAGCUCCAGCACAGGAUGCUUCAGUUCUUGUUCUCAGGCAAGAACUACGUGGGACCCGUCGACACCCUUCUGUCAACACCGAGGGAAGACCAAAGCCGCCCUCGCGUCCUUGACCUCGGUACGGGCGGCGGGUUCUGGCAAGUCCAUAUCCUCACCUUGACCCGGAGACGCUUAGACUUGGCGGACGAGUUCCCCGGGGCAGAGAUUAUUGGCGUGGAUCUUGCACCCAUUCAGCCACGAGAUGUGCCGGCAAACUGCACUUUCGAACUUUGCGACUUGGAUCAAUGGUACCUCCCGUACCCGACCGGGCACUUUGAGGUUGUGCAUGCCCGCUUCAUGCAUACAGGGGUAGGCAACUAUGCUCGAUUCCUGCACGAAAUUGCGCGGAUGCUCCGCCCGGGUGGACUGGUCAUUCUGAUCGAGCCCGACACUGAACCUCUGGCGGACGGCAAGUCAGCGUCCGAACUAAGGCGCACCGGGCAACCGUCCGGGAUGCGGGGGUGGUUCACACUGUGGGAGGAGUACCGACAGUGCCUGCGCGAGAAGGGGAUAGACGUUGACGUGCCACCCCAAUUGGCCAAUCUCCUCGCUUCAACGGGCGCAUUUGAACAAAUCGUCUCCCAAGAAGGCAACAUCCCCAUCGGCUUCUGGCCCAAAGACCCGGUCGCUCUAAGCAUUGGCCAACUCGCCUGGAUGAACUAUGACAUGAUGCUCCCUGCCAUGAAGCCGCUCCUCAUCUCAGCAGGAAAGCGCGAAUGGGAGGCCAAAAAACUUAUCGAGGAGGCUCAUCAAGAUCUCUACUAUCCUCUUGUCCGUGCCUCCACGAGACUCCAUAUCGUCUACGCUGUCAAAAAAUAG